AACUAUCAGUUUGUUCGACUGUCGACUUGUCUGACCCGAGGAUUGUUCCGCCUAACAUCUUGUACCUGUUAUGACAUUUGAUACAUGGAAUGGUUUAAAAGCCCGAUGUGAGAUAAGGGGCGCGCUACCCCGCGCCAUGGCGCACUUCUGGACGGUGUGUCAGUGCCUGGCAGUCCUGAGCUGGGCAGGUGUGCUGGGACAAGGUUACCCAACAGCUUACAUGCGUUAUAACUGUGGAUCGUCCAUUGACGUGUCAAACACUGGCUACAUCUCGUGGAGUACAGGAAGCUACGGCAACAAUGUCGACUGUUACGUCGUCAUGUUGGCGCCCACUGACUCAGUCAUCUCUCUACAGUUUCCGAACGUCAACAUUGAAGGUAGUUCGAGUUGCAUCGACUACUUGUACGUGUACGACGGAGAGUACUACAGCUGGCCUGGAUUCGACUCAGCUUCCUACGUCUGCAACAGCAACAUACCAAGCGUGCUCUUAUCGACAGGAAACUAUCUCACCCUGAGGUUAAAAACGGACGGCUCGAUCACUGGGUCCUUCCAAGUUCUGUACUCGGUCCUCGCGAUCGGCUCCAUUCCGCCUACCACAGCGGAGUCCAGCAGAAUUCGACUUGUUGGCGGCUCCACCAGCUAUGAAGGUCGUUUGGAGGUCCGGCCAGCCGACAGUUACGACUGGGGGACGGUCUGUGACGACUCCUUCGGCGCAGCAGACGCCGAAGUCGCCUGUCGGACGCUCGGGUACCAAACCGCCCUAGAGUAUCGUGGUUCGGCAGCUUUUGGUCAAGGUUCCGGGCAAAUCUACAUGGAUGACCUUGGAUGCUCUGGGAGCGAGAGUAGUUUGUUCGACUGCUCGUACUCAGGGUGGGGAGUGCAUAAUUGUGGCCAUGGUGAAGACGUAGGUGUCGUCUGUUCCUCAUCAGCGGUUUCCAGUCGGAUCCGACUGGUUGGCGGCUCCACCAUCUAUGAAGGCCGCGUGGAGGUCCGGCCAGUCGACAGCUACACCUGGGGAACUGUCUGUGACGAUAAUUUCGACAUCCUGGACGCCACCGUCGUCUGUAGGUCUCUGGGGUAUUCUGGUGCCCUGGAGUACCGCGGCUCCGCAAGUUUCGGCCAAGGCUCCGGUCCGAUCUACAUGGAUGACCUUGCGUGCACUGGGAGCGAGAGUAGUUUGUUUUCCUGCUCGUACUCAGGGUGGGGAGUUGAGAACUGCGGCCACAGUGAGGAUGCUGGUGUGGUGUGCGAUAGUUCAGGUAUAACAACAAGCCCAGGAGGGACGGGUGACUCCGACAGGGUCCGGCUGGUGGGCGGGACAGCUGCGAGUGAGGGCCGCCUGGAGGUCCGGCCGGAGUACGGGUACGCCUGGGGGACCGUCUGUGACGACGACUUCGGCAUGGCGGACGCUAACGUCGUCUGUAGGAUGCUGGGAUACUCCGGGGCCAACCGAGUCCGCGGCAGUGCCUAUUAUGGGCGAGGAUCUGGCGACAUCUACAUGGAUAACGUUGACUGCUCUGGGAGCGAGAGCAGCUUGUUCGACUGCUCGUACCCAGGAUGGGGGAUUGAGAACUGCGGCCACAGUGAAGACGUCGGGAUUGAAUGCAGCACGUCAGGCGACGCCGAUAGAAUCCGUCUCGUGGGCGGAACAGGUCCUCACGAAGGCCUUGUGGAGGUCAGGUUGUCCGGGAGCAGCGACUGGGGCACGGUCUGUGACGACAAUUUUGACACAGACGAGGCUUACGUGGUCUGCAGGACACUUGGAUACUCCGGCGCCGUUCGCACUACCACGGAAUUCGGUCAAGGUUCAGGCAACAUCUACAUGGAUGACCUUAGAUGCUCUGGGACCGAGAACAGCUUGUUUGAUUGCCGGUACUCAGGGUGGGGAGUGCAUAACUGUCGCCAUAGUGAAGACAUCGGUGUCGUUUGUUACACUUCAACGGACAGACUUCGUCUAGUCGGCGGUUCAGGUCCAAACGAAGGCCGCCUGGAGGUUCGACUUGAGGGCAGUUACACCUGGGGUACGGUUUGUGACGACCAGUUUGAGAUCAAUGACGCCCAUGUAGCCUGCAGGAUGCUGGGAUACUCUGAAGCAUCAGAAGUCCGUGAUUCCGCACACUUCGGACAAGGCUCGGGGGACAUCUACAUGGACGACGUUCAGUGUUCUGGGGACGAGAGCAGCCUGUUCGACUGCCCGUACGCAGGAUGGGGAGUUCACAACUGUCGUCACCGCGAGGACGUCGGUAUCGUCUGUGCCAUCGCGGCCGCGGGGCUCAGCGGCGGAGAGAUUGCUGGGAUCGUCAUUGGCGUGCUGACAGGCAUCGUCCUCUUAACACUCAUCGUCCACAACUGCAACAAGAGCAGCUCAAACUCUUCUCCGUCCAGCCGGGUCGCUCCGAAUAGGGUGUUGACGAACAACACCGUGGUGCAGAGGCCUAAUACGGCCCCGCCCCAGCCCACCACGAUGACGCAGGCUCCCCUGCCCCCGAUACCUUCAGUGAACCAGCCUCCCCCACCCCCACAACAGUUCCCUCCCCCUCCGGCCUACAGCGCUGCCCUGGCCAUGCCUGCACAGUCCCCGGGCGGCACCACACCUUACCCUGCCCCCUCCCCCAACCAGGACCCGGCGUAUGCCCCUCAACCUCCACAAGGAGCCCAACUACACCCGUCUCCCGCCGUCCUGUACCCACCCCCGGAUUUUUCAUCCGUCCCCCCUCCGCCACAUUACCUACCCCCUCUAGCCAACGCACCUCAACUGCCACCCGCCUAUUAAAUCUCUUUGUUCCUGUACAUACAGUUAAUGAACCUGAUUCAUCAUUGGUCAAUGCUCGCUUAAUUUGUUGAACGGUUGUUUUCAAGUGUACCUUAUACGACGUUUGUAAAUACUGUAUAAAUGUGAAAUGAUAUUUGGUUCAAAUGCUGAUUCAACUAUUGUAGAAAACUAUACGAGCGCUGAUGUACGUAACAUCAUCGUCAUAGGUACAUACUGAACUGAGAGUUCUUUACAAUUAUCCCCAGUAGACUUAUCGUCAAAGAAGAAGUAAAAGGGAUUUACUUUUCUGUUCUGAACUGUUCUGUUGCAUAUGGUUAUUAGGCCAAUUUUUAUAUGAUUGUGUAUUUGUGAGCAACUUAAUGCUUUUUGCGUGCUUGGCAAAGCCUUCUUUCCUGUUGAACACCAGAUUAAUUUGAAGAAGUGAGUAAUUGU